AGUAAGUUUGAUUUAAAUCAUUAUUUUCUGUUUUCUUAUAAAACUGUGAAAGUAGCGAAUAUAUUGAGUGAAAUCUGUGUAUUGAGUUGAAUAUUUGUCGAUAAAAUGACGAAUCGAACAAAUAGAGCUUUGGAAUAUUACAAUGAUUAUAUUGACUGUACACAAAACUUGCCUUUGGACAUACAGCGACAUGUAACACAGAUGCGUGAAUGUGAUUUGGAGUACCAAGAAAUGAUGUCGAAGAUCAGAGAGUUGACAGACAAUUUUGAUGGUUCUAUGUCUACAUUAAAUUCUGAAAAAUUGACAAAGCUAUUAGUAACUGGGUUAAAUCUAGGGGAUAAAAAGGUGCAAACAGUUCAACAUAUAUCUGACUUGGUAGAUGAUAAAGUCAGACGUUUGGAAAAUGGUAGGAAAUAUUUGACCUCUGCUAAAGAAGCUGAUGCUCCCAAACCUAGUAUCAAAGAAAAACCAGAGAGUAGUAAUUGUUCCAAAGAUCGAUGCUUACCUAGCACUAGUACUAGUACUGUUUCUAAAGAACUGAAGAAACGUAACACUGAUAAUGAUAGUAACGAAUCUAACAAUGAUGCAAAACUUGCAAAACGGCCCAGACGUAACAGGGCCGAUGAACCAGAUUACAAAGAAAUUUCUGAUGAUGUGGUGGCCAUGUCAGCUUUACAACAUUCCAACACACCUUUGCCAAGAGCCACAGCAACAGCACAAGUUCAAUCUCAAGUUACAUUGAAAAAAGCAACUCAAAAAACAGAAACAAAAACCAAAAAGAAGGGAAAAUAUAAGAAACAACAGAAAGACAAUUCACCUUCAUUGGAUGAUGAUGAUGAUAUAGCUGUUGAUCCAGAUGAACCAACCUAUUGUCUUUGUGAUCAGAUUUCUUAUGGAGAGAUGAUAUGUUGUGAUAAUGAUUUAUGUCCAAUAGAAUGGUUUCAUUUUUCAUGUGUUUCAUUAUCAACAAAACCAAAAGGCAAAUGGUUUUGCCCCAAGUGUCGCGGAGAUCGUCCAAAUAUAAUGAAACCUAAAGCUCAGUUUCUCAAGGAACUUGAACGAUACAAUAAAGAAAAAGAAGAUAAAGCUUAAGAUUUUGUUUCAAACACAAACAACAAUCUACUUAAUUUAAUUUGAUGCUUAUACCUAUUAAACAAUAAUUUAACAAUAAAUUAU